GAGUGCAGAAGAAACCGCUCUCUAUCUCUCAUCCAACUAUUUCUUCUUCUAUCACAAUCUCUGUAUAACUUUUUUCUUCAGAUCUGUCUCCAAAUUAAAUAUGGCUUCAGAUCUUCUUCCUCUAAUCACCAUCUUCUUCGCUCUCCUCUUAUUCCCCAAUUCCACAUUCUCAGCACACGCUCCUCAAUCCUCCCCUUCUCCGUCUCCGCAGCUAGCUAUCUCCCCACCUUCAAUGGCGCCAAACUCUCCUCCGUCGCGUCCAAUUCCAAAUUCACCAUCUCCGGCGCCGUUCCCACGGCAUGAAGACGGCGACUACGAAGAGUCUCCGUCUCCUGCGGCCGAGCAGGGCGAUUUGGAAGAGUCGGAAGGAAUGAGCGGAGGAAAGAAGGCGGGGAUCGCGGUUGGAGUGAUUGCUGCAGGUUGCGUGGUAGGGAUGGCGGCGGUGGUGUACAAGAAGAGGCAGCGGAACAUCCGCCGCGCGCGCUACAGCUACACCGAUCACACAGAUUUUUUGUAGAUGAACAAAAACAUGUUGAUUUAUGAUGCUAUUCUGUUUCAUUGGUUAGUGUUGACUGUUCAGACUUUAAUUUUGCUUUAUUCUUUAUGAAUAUUACUAUGCUACAAAAAGUUGUGCAAUUCUACUCCUUCAUAUUCAUUCAUGCU